CAUCGCCAACUCUUUAUCGCCAGGUUCCCUGUCGCCGACAGCCGACAAAAACAAACAGACGUUGCACACGAGCGGCAGCCAUGGAACCCCCUCAGGAUUUCAAGUCCAUGCAGGAGAAGAUCCAGACUGCCCUUGUUGCUACUACUAGGUUAACCAACCAGAUAGCUGCCGAAGACAUCAGCUUCCAAAAAACAAGCAAUCCGGAUGUUGAAGAGCAGCUAGAUGAUACAUCCUCGCGCCUACUUUCCCUGGCCUCAUCCCUCCUCGCAUCUGCAACCAAGGGAACCGACCUGAAGGCGCCCGCUCUAGAGGAUAGUGAUGAUGUCGAUGUUCAUUGGUCGCGCAUCGUCGAUGUGGUCGACACGCUACUAGAAAAAGCCGACACUUGCCUGGACGAGUACACGGGUGUUAUCAAGCGGAAGGCCGCGCCGACCGAGCAGCCGGGGCCUCCAUCAAAGAAAUCUAAACCAACCACAUUAGAAACCUCUCUUCGCCGCGCGAAUAUCAUUAAACCUCAAAAUGCAUUCGAACUAAAGCCCAAUAACCUCGAUCCAUCGCCGUGGAAGCCGAUACUUACAGCCAAACCACACGCGCUCACCCCUCUCAAAAAAAGUCUAGAUACUUUCAUCGACGACAACCAGGCGACCCAAUAUAAGCACCCUUACGAGACCGAAAUACUCAAGUUGCAAUACCCAAAAGCAGUUUUCCAAACAAAAGAACCCAUCAAAUACCAACCCGUCGAAACCACCACAGCCACCUUCGUUGAUACGUUUGAGGGCGUUUUAGAUAUGCUGAAAGAGCUCAAAAACGCUACGGAAAUUGCUAUCGACACGGAGCAUCAUGACUUCAGAACAUACAGCGGUCUCUUAUCGCUGAUGCAGAUCAGCACGCGCGAGAAGGAUUGGGUUGUUGACACUCUACAACCAUGGCGCCACAAGCUGGAGGUUUUAAACGAAGUCUUCGCCGAUCCAAAAAUUGUCAAGGUCCUACAUGGUGCCUAUAUGGAUAUAAUAUGGUUGCAACGGGACUGCGGUUUAUAUAUCGUGGGACUAUUCGAUACGUUCGAGGCAGCAGUUGCGCUCCAAUAUCCUAGCAGGAGUCUUGCGUAUCUGCUAAAAAAGUUCGUCGACUUCGACGCAGAUAAGAAGUAUCAAUUAGCUGACUGGAGAAUACGCCCGAUACCUGACGAAAUGUUCUAUUAUGCGCGCUCAGAUACCCACUACCUACUAUAUAUCUACGAUAUGAUGCGCAACGAAUUACUGCAACAACCCCCUGGAGAAUCUGGACAAAAUUUGAUGAACCAAGUACUGGACAAGUCCAAAGAGACUUCAUUACGACGACACGAAACGUCCACAUAUGACUCUGACAACGGCCAGGGCCCCUUUGGAUGGUUCAACCUACUUAUAAGGCAAUCUGCCGGAAAGUUUUCAAGAGAACAGUUUGCUGUAUUUCGGGCCGUGCAUAAGUGGCGAGACGAGGUUGCACGUCGCGAAGAUGAAAGUUCACUAUUUGUGAUGAGCAAUGCGGCGCUUUUCGACAUAGCCAGGCGCAUGCCGCCAGAUCCCAAAGCUCUUCAUAGCCUGCUUGAUUCCACAUCCCACAUAGCCAAGCGGGAGGCGUUUGACUUAUUCAAGAUCAUCAGCAAGGCCAAGGCCGAAGGACUGAACGGUCCCAGCGUUGCCGAAGUUAUCCGUAGCAACGCACCGCCUACGAUGGGCAUCGGUGAAAUUGCAAAGGCGGUGCUCCCUCAACUAAGAAGCAACGAUACAGAAAUAUCAGGGAUGGAGGAACUUGUCUCCCAGACAUCGAGAUUAUGGGGAAAGGUUCCGAUAAGUAGUCGAUGGGAUGGAUCAGCUGUUGGCAAGCCUAAAGGAGCCGUGCAAUUCGAACUUCCGUGGGCGCAAUUUAUUAAGUCGGGCAAGGUCCUAGAAGUGGUAGACACGCCAGCACAAGAGCCGGAAACUCAAAUGGAAGAAUCGAUCAUUCAGCUAGAAGAAGAGGCAGUCGAUAUUGAGUUUACGCUAAAGACCGGGUUAAAGCGCAAAGCGCCCGAAAUCGAAUCGGAUUCGGAUGAGGGUGAGGUGAACGACACACCAUCUAAAUCAGAGUCUACCUCAGCCGGACCUAUGGAUACGGAUGAAAUCGCGGUCCCCGACUCGGAUGACAGCGAGGAGGAGAGAAGGAAGAGGAAAGCUAAGAAGGCCGAAAAGCGGGCUCGCAAAGAGGCUCUUAAGGAAGAGCGCCGACAAGCGAAGAAGUUGGCUAAGAAGGCGAGGAAAGAGGCAUCCGCUGACGCAGCGAAUAAAGGGGAGGGCGAGAAUGAGGACGAGGACGAGGACGAGGAUGAGCCUUUCGACUACAGCAAGGCGAAAUCCGUUCUAACCGCGGCUAGAGCUUCUAAUAGGGCCCCUCAGGGUGCGAAGUUUAAUCCUUACGGCAUGACGAUGGAGGGCCCGAAACCGGCGAGGAAAAUGCAUGGAGAGAAGGCCGGGAAGAGCGCCACAUUUAGAAAGUAGUAAUGUUAUGUCUUUUGAGCGUAUCAAAAUUCGCGCAAAAUAAAGAGAUGCCCUCGUUUAGGGGUUG